AUGACCACCGCCUUAUUCGCCCGCCGCUUUGCGGCUAUUCCCAAGCUUGGAACCGCGCCCCCAAUCUCGCUUCGCCCACACCUGUCUUGUGUACGGACCUACUCGACUGCCACCGAUUCCCCUCCUUUUCUCCAGAGGCUCAAGGGCGACCUGAAAACCGCGAUGCGCGCCAAGGACGCUCAGAGGCUCUCCGUUCUCCGUGCAGUAAUGUCCGCGACUCUGAACGCUUCCAAGGGUCCCACCCCUAUCCGAACAGACGUCCAGCUUGUUGCCCUGCUCAGGAAGACACAGAAAUCUUCCCUCGAUGCCGCCAAAGAGUUUAGGGGCGCUGGGAGGGAGGAUCUAGCCCAGAAAGAGGAGGAACAGGCGUCAAUCUUGGGAGAAUAUGCCGCGGCCAGUGGCGUCCAGACCCUGGGGGAGGCUGAGCUCAAGGCUCUCGUCUCCGAGGCUGUCGAAAGCGCCAAGAGUGCUGGUGUGGCGUCAAAGGCGCUUGUCGGAGACGUCAUGAAAAAGCUGUCUGGUGCUUUGGAAGGCAAGGAUGUUGACCGGAAAGAGCUGGCCAACCUGGUUAAAGAGAUAGCUGGCAGCGAGUGA